CAGGCAGCGUCCCAUUCGUGGUAUUCGGCCCCCCCGGUACUGGCAAGACGGUGACCCUGGUCGAGGCCGCCCUCCAGAUCCUCAAGAACAAUCCUGACGCUCGACUCCUCAUGUGCGCACCGACGAACGACGCCGCCGACCUGCUCGCGUUCAAGCUGAUGGAACUGGGGCCCCAGCAACUGUUCCGCCUCAAUGCUAUAUGGCGUCCUAUCAGAGCAGGGCUGCAAAAAACGCUCAAGGACUUCUGCAUGAUCAACGGGAACAGAGUGUAUGCCAUGCCUGAAGCCGAAGUCCUGAAGUCAUUCAGGGUCGUCGUGACGACCUGCGUGUCUGCGGCUGUCCCGCAUAGCCUGGGCCUUGCCCGCGGCUGGUUUACUCAUGUGUUUGUCGAUGAGGCGGGCCAGUGCUCGGAGCCUGAUACGAUGAUACCCCUCAAGCUCCUCGCAGACGCGAACACGAACAUUGUUCUUGCGGGAGACAUCAAGCAGCUGGGACCGGUUAUCCACUCGAGCAUCGGUCGCGACCUCGGCCUGAGGUAUAGCUACAUGGAACGAUUGUCAAACAUGCCAGUCUAUGAUCUGAGCGCCUAUAAAGGAAUAACGAUCACGAAGCUCGUAAAGCAUUUCAGGUCGCACCCCGCGAUCAUCGCGUUCUCAAACCGACGUUUCUACGCGAACGAACUGCUGCCCUGCGGUGAUGAAGCUAUCACGCAUAGCAUGCUUCGGUCGACGUGCCUAGAUGGCCUGAAUCCUAAGUUCCCGAUCGUAUUCCACGGUGUUGGUGGCAGGGAUGAGCAGGAGGAAGGUUCGCCUUCCUAUUUCAACAAGGAAGAGGCAUCGCUGGUCGCAAGAUAUUGCGAGGAGCUCAUCAAUGAUCGAAAGGUUCCUAUCGGUACGCUUCAUGCAAAGGACAUCGGGAUCAUCAGCCCGUACACUGCGCAAUGCGGAAAAAUUCGCGCAUUGCUCGGACGGUCGUCAACUCGGCUAGAAGGCGUGAAAGUGGGGACCACGGAGCUUUUUCAAGGACAGGAACGUCGUAUCAUUAUCAUGUCGACUGUGCGUAGCAACCCCGCGCAUGCGAUCAGAGACAUGCGGCAGCGUUUGGGCUUCGUUGGCGAUCCUCAGAGGUUCAACGUCGCUAUCACCCGAGCACGGGCCCUUCUCAUUGUCGUUGGUGACCCGGAUGUCCUUGUCCUUGACGGAGUAUGGAAGGAGUUCCUAGCUUACGUCAAGGCUCAUGGCGGGUGGAGAGGCAAGGGGGUUUUGCACGGCGACGGUUCGGGUCCGGAUGAUGAAGGGAACACUGCGCAGACUGCUGCCCAACAAGAAGCCAGGGAGCUGAUACAGAGGCUGCAAUCGUUGACAAUAGAGAAUGCGAACGGAUGGAAGGUCCCAGACCCAGACAAUUCCGACUCGGAGCGGGAUGAUGAGGCGUAUGAUGAUAGGCCAGGAACGAUGGAGGAUUGAUGCUGAGAUUGCUGCUACAAAGGUUCCAUAUGGUCCGCCUCGGAGUGGAAUACACGACAAUCUGAUUCUUUGGAACGUGAACAAGAGACUGUUCGCAUCAAUAAUAGCAUAGCUUCCCAGAAUUGAACACCUAGAUGCAGUCGAAGACAG